UAGAAUUCUCCAAUAGCGGGGUAUGCGGUAGUCAUUUCACACCGCAACAAUGGCAGCCCUGCAGCUUGAAAAGCAGCGAGUGCGAAAUGCUGUCCUUGCCAUCGCUGCGGUGGUCAUUGUGGUGGGCAUCCCACUCUGGUGGAAGACCACAGAGACCUACCGCGCCUGGCUCCCUUACUCCGAGAUCAGCCAACUCGACUCCCUCCAGCUCCAGCUAAGCGUUGAUAUCGAGGUGGUCUUCUCUCGAGGAACACUAACCCCAGAACAGCAGAAAAAGGUUCCACUUAGUCAUGUCAAUGUAAAGGAGCACCAAGUUGAUGCUAAAACAGGUUUGAGGUACAAAUAUGAAACCAGGUAUCGCACUGCCACUAUAAUGGAGGAAGAUGCCUUGAAUCAGCCCACUGCUGCAGAGGCAGAUCUAUCCCUACACAUGCUCUCUGAGAAUUCUUGUGGGUCUGUGGUUGUGUAUGUGAUCCCUGAGUCCUCGGCCCUUCUGCCAGUGGAUGUAAAAGUGUAUGUAGGGCAACGGCGCACUGCGUUGCUACGUUCCCCUCCCUUUACAAGUUCUUGGAGUCUGAAGGAAGUCCUAUCAAAUCUGGACGUGGACGUGAAGCAGGUGGUAAGCACCAUGUCCUUCGGUCACCAGGAUAUCGUAGCUGCUCUGAGCAACCGUGUCCGCAUGACCAAAGUGAAUAAGGAGAGUAUGGCAGACAGCAUGAGGACCAUCAAAUCCAGUCCUGGCUAUGAGAUCACAUUCAGUCUGCUCAACCCAGACCCAAAGUCGCACAGUCUUCACUGGGAUAUCGAGGGUGCCGUUCAAAGCUACAUUCAGCCUUUAUUGAACAAACUUGCUCCUAUAGCCAACUUUUCAGUGGACUCUCAGAUUCUGUAUUAUGCCGUUCUGGGUGUGAACCCUCGUUUUGACAACAGUGUGUCAGCAUAUACACUCGGUGCAGACAGCCUGUCACAUGUUAUCAACCCUGUUGAGGCCAGACUAGGUUCCAAUGCAGCUUCAUCUAACCCUGUCUUGAACUUCCUGCUGUAUGUGCCAGAUGCCCACCACUCUCCUCUCUACAUCAGAGACCACAGCAAAAGGGAGGUGCCCUCUAACGCCUUUCACAGCCCUCGUUGGGGCGGCAUUAUGGUGUACAAUGUGAAUGAAAUGUACGGACCUGAAGCUGAACGUCCUGUAGAUAUUAACAUUAAUAUGGCUAAAGUGAUGGGUGUGUUCUUGGCACAAUUACGGCUCAUGCUGGGAGUGCAGCGUACGCAUCCUCCCACAGGCUUUGUGCUGCAGAGUCCAGGCAGCGCUGGACUGGCUGACUGGGAGCUGGACCGACUCCUGUGGAGCCGCAGUGUGGAGAACAUCGCCACCGCCAGCACCACCAUCACCUCUCUCGCUCAGCUCCUCGACCAGAUUGGAAACAUCGUCAUCAAUGACAACAUCGCACAGCAGGUUUCCAGUGCAGUGACGUCGCUCCAGUCUGCUGUCGCCGAGUUGGAGGCUGGGAACUUGGCUUUUGCGCUCCAUUACAGCAGGGAGGCCAUUUUGGCUUCAGAGAGGGCCUUUUUUGACCCAUCUCUUUUGCAUCUUCUUUAUUUUCCAGACGAUCAGAAAUUCGCCAUCUACAUUCCUCUUUUCUUACCCAUGUGUGUACCUAUUGUGCUCUCGCUACUGAAAACUGUGAGUGAAGCUAAGCAAAGGCUAGCAGAUAAACAAGCCAAACGUGACUGAGAAAGCACUGCUUGUUUGAUGCACACUAAUGGCUGCACUUGUGUAGCAUGUACAGAAACACACUGAUUCAUUAAAAGAUGAUGUGUGUGGUGUACAUUAAUUUUUUUUUAUUAGACCAAGAGUCCGUCAUCGGAUGAAAACGAACUGAUAUGAAAUCUGGAUUAUAUGCUUUAAUUUACAAAGGCAGCUGUACUGAACAAUGAAUGAGUGAAAUGAUUAAUUCUGUUUGAGUGCAAUGUGUAAUUUCUCUCUUUGUCCACAUUAAGUGCACUGCAUGUCUUCUUGUUUUGACACUGUAACACUGGGACAUUAUCUCAUUUUCUCAGGUUUGUGAGGGUUUAUUAGGCAUAUUGUGGUUCAUAGUUGCAACAAAAAUAACAUGCAAGAUAAAAAAAGAACAUUAGGUUAUGUUUAAUGACAUAUUAUAAUAAUUUCUCAGAAUGUUUGGUUUGAUGUGUGUGUUAACUUUACAAAGGGUUUGUAGAGAGAUCCAGGAACGAUGCCACAAUGUGAGGAUGUGUUAUUUACAGCUGUAUUAAUUUCAAAUGUGAAAAUCUGGUGUUUAUGCAAAAUUUCAGCCUUAGCUGUGUGUUUUACAAUUGAACUAAAAACCAAAUGUGCCAGGGACUAAGUGGAAGUAUUUUUCAUGCUGAAUUUCCACCAUUCACAGAAUUGAUGACAAGUAUAUUAGUUUAAUGUUUUUAAUAUUUUGCCAGAAUAUUCCCAUAAUAACAACCAAAAAUUCGAAUUGUUCAUUGCACAAAAUAAUAUAGUAGCUGACUGUACUCUAUAUAUAUAGAUAUAUAGAUAGUAGAUACUGGUUUGGUGCAUUAAAAUUGCAACAAAUGACUAAAGCAUUUUAAAAGGGACAUGUUACACUAUAUCAUCAUUUUAUC